AGGAGUGGAAAAAAUCAGGGAAAUCAACCAGUACUACGUCCAAGCCCCUCUGGCUCAGUGGAACACUCCCCAGCAGGAGCAGUUGUGUGUCAGCAUCUGUUGGGGCUGAGGCAGUGUGUGCUUGUGUCCUUUCAUCUGCUGUAGCCGUUCCCAGCGCGGAGCACACGCUGCCUCCUCAGCUGGAGAGCUGAGGCUGCCAAAUUAAAAGAUGUGGUCUCUUUUUUGGAGAGGGGAGGAGCCUGGUGGGAGCAGGGAAGGGGCUGAGGCCACACGAUGAAGGAGGGAGGAGGAGCAGAGCUGCGAGUUUCCCUGAAGACACCAACUUGCAGAGGGUUCAUUUCCCAAUCUGAGACAAAGAAUGAACCAAAAUGCCCGUAAAGCACCUCAAAACCCAUCACUGCUCAGCUGGUCACUUCUGGCCUUCACCAGUACAGACCAGUGGGCACCACGGGCAGCACUGCUGGCCUGCCUGUGCUCAAGUGCUUGCAGCAGCCUGGAUGAGUGUGAGGUGUCCCAGCCAUGGCCCAGGUGAUCUCUGUGGUGUGCCUGGACCUCAAAGCGAACACGCUCCCAAAUUUCUGGUAUUUCUGCCAAAAUUAAACCUCUUUUACCACAUUAACGCUCCCAGCCUCUCUGCCUGCCUGGUUUGUUUUCCUACAAGCAGCUGGCGUUGCUGAGGAAGCCUUUUCCUUGCCAAUCCAUAGUAUUUCCCAGGGGUGACUACAGUAUGGAACAAGCAUCCAGCUCGAGGCUUGGCAGCUGAAGGAGCCAACAACAACAAUCCCAACCAACAGUGGGAGUGAGCACAGCCCAUCCAACACCAGCUCCAGCAACAAACACCAGGAUCCUCUGGAAUUCAAAAAUACAUCUGGAGAACAAAAAAAACCAGAGGUGGAAACCCUUCCCCAUCUCCUUUCUGCUUGAUUUUGGAACACUCAGACGCCGCUAUGCCCCAUCCCUUAUUCCCAAGAGAAGUCCCAAGGUGACAUCCAAGGAUUUUGUUUAACAAAAUGAAGUUUCAAGUGGGAAUAAAGCAGGUCAGGAGGGUUCCUCCUUUUCCCCAGCCAUAUCUGAACACGGUGAGAACAGAGAUGAAGUUUCUGGAGCACAGAGGAUAAUCCCUUUCUUGAGGGGAAGGAAUUUCCGCUCUGGGCAGGGGAAGGAAGUGACACGGUGCUGUUCUCCGGACCCAGCUCCACAGAGGGGGACAGAGGGAAUUGCUUUUCAAGCUUUUGAGAUUUCCCAGGAGCCUGGCACAGGGAUCCCAUGAGGAACCUGCUUGACACCAGGCUUCAGCCUCCCACGGAGGAACAUUUCCCUCUCGUGGCAGCCCAGGACAGACUGAGGUGCAGCAGCAGGACCUGGCAUCGCUCUGCAGGGAGGCCAGAGCGGCCACAGCCUCCCAAAACCAGGGACAGCACGGGCAGAGGGAUGGCAUGGGGAGAGGCCUGGCUUUCCCACCCUUUGGGAUUUCUGGGGAACGCACAGGAACGCAGAGAUUCCUUCCCAACUUCUGUCUUCUCCCCAGUCCAAACACGAGCACUGGGACACUGAGGUGAAUUCCUGGAGCCCGUGGUGCAGUGUUCACUCUGUACAACUCCCUGGAAGGAGCCUGGAGACAGCUGGGGUCAGGCUCUGUUCCCAGGGAACAACAGGAGGAGAGGAAGCAGCCCCAGGUUGUACCAGGGGAGGUUUAGGAUGGGUAUUAGGGAAAAUUCCCUCCUGGAAAGGGCAUUGGAAGGGGCUGCCCAGAGCAGCGCUGGAGUCACCGUUCCUGGAGGUGUCCAGCCAAGCGUUCCAAGAAGUCCCAGGUGGGUUUCCAACAUCCUGGCUGGGCCUGUGUCCCAGCCCUUCCCAGAACCAAUCCCUGCUUCCCUACACCAUGUGUUGGAUCUAAUUAAGGCCAGAAGAGAGGAGCAGUAACCAAAUGUAAAUCCCAACCCCCCGCACUGCUCCAGGCUCCCAGCCCAACUCUCCUGGGAAAGGCUCUGCUGCAACCACUGGCAUCCCAACAGGGAAAAAAAGGCUCCAAAAUAAAAUUACAGCAAAUAUUCCCAGCUGUGAGUUACGAGAGGGGCUGCUGCAGCUUUUAAAUACAUUUUUAUUGUACAAAACUGGUGCUUUUUGCUGCAGAAGCUUUAGAAGGGGGUUAUCUCCCAGGCUCAUGUUUGGAGAAUGAAUCUCACAAGAUUUGCUUUAAAUUUACCCAUUUGUGAGCUCCCAAAAAAGUUUGGAGCAGGUUUGGGAGCAGAUAAACCAGCCUUAAAACGACUCUGCAUUUCACUCACAACUAUAAAGCUUUGAUAUUUCUGCUUUUGUGGCUUUUUAUUUACAAAACAUCUCAAUUUCUGUGUCUGGGGUACAUUAAAUUGAUUUUUUGAAGUAGGAGGUUUUUAGCUUGUUUGAGUUUCCCAUGCAAUGCCAGCUCAGCACUUUAAUCCCCAUGGGAACCUUCUCCAAGAAGAAAUAUAGAAACUAAGAAAAGAAUGUUUCUUCCAUUGCUAAGGGGUUGAAAUGAAGACAUUCUGGGUAUUUUGGGGCAUUACCCAGCAUUCACUGGAGGUCUGAAAUCUACUUUUUAACAUCAAGGAAAAGAAGACCCACAUUAUUUGUGAGAAUUCUUCAGAAUUUAUUCUCCUAAUAAUCUCCAUGUUUGCUGUUUGUGUAUUUCCCUCCCUCCGUGUAAAAGGCUUGAGUGAAUAUUGGUCACUCUGCCCAUGAUUAUAAAUAUUAAAUGCAGAUGUUGAAAAUUCUCCUUCAGGAUUUAAAACUUUCUUAUUAUGCAAAAAACCAUGGAACCCUGAAGACUCCACUUCCACAAGUGCUUGGAAGUACAGUUUAAACCCACAAGUAUCUUCUUUCCUCCUGAACUGAAUGGUCUGAGUCCCCAGUGCGUCUUCUCACCAUCAAAAGCCACAAAACCUUCCUAAAACGUCAAAAUAAAACCCCAGAAUCCUUCAGCAGUGUCAUUAAACACUCCUGGAUAAACCUGAGCGUGUUGCAUGACCCUCAAGCCACAAUAGGAGUCACAAAGCACAAGCUAUGACUAAAAAUCACAAACAGGCUCAAAAUCUGAUCUCAGCCACCACGCUGUAAAUCCAUUACAACUUCAUAGAUGCUGGGUUAAUCUCGAUACAAGCUCAAUUCAGAGCGGUUUGGCCAGAAAAUUGAUAAAAUCACAUAUUUGGGGCUGUUUUUGGCAAGAAGCAGGGCCCAGCAGCUGCCAGCUUCCUGUGCACAGGGAGCUGUGGACUCUGGGGACCAACCUGAGGGAACAUUGAGCUGCAGGCCCUCCCGCCCUCACAGCGCCCAGAGGGACAUCUGCAAAACCUCCAAACCAGGGCAGCAGUUUUUGCUGGGAAUUGAGAAAACCUCCGUCAAACACAGCUGAAAAGGGGGCUAGAACUGACAGAAGCCGUCGAGGAAAACAAAUCCGAACGAGUGACGAUGGAAACCCAGCCCAGGGAGCCCAAACACAGGGCCCUCCACCCGCCUCGAGGGUCUCCUCACAGCACCGGCUGUCCAGAGACACCCGCCCCAAGCACCCCAAACCCAGGCAAGGCUUUUGGGGAUAGAUCCUCCUGAGCGCUUCUCGAAUCACCCCAAGUCACCAGGAGGACCCGUGAAGGGACCCAGAGUCGUCUCCCGAUGGCAGAAGGGGGUGCGGGGUUGGAAUUUAAUCCUCUGGGUUGUGUCUGAAAGGUGAUCCCCACAUUCCUGCAGAAUUCAUGAAGGCCUGGAGCCAGCCGGGCCGGGACAGAGACCCAGCACUGGCCGCAGGGAGGGACGUCACUGGGAGCUGAGCGCGUGGGGGACGCGCUCUGGAGGGUUCCUGGAGCCAGGAGGAGACACCUGAGCGGUCCCUGGAGCUGGGAAGGAGACACCCGAGGCUCCCUGCAUGGAGACCCCCACAGGGCUGCCCGCCCUGGACGUGGACAAAGCCGUGGCCACGGCCUUCGUGGUGCUGCUGGGGCUCUUCCUCCUCGCCAUGACCGUGCGCUGUGCCCGGCUGGUGGUGGAUCCCUACAGCGCCAUUCCCACCUCCACCUGGGAGGAGGAACCCAUCAACUGACCCCCAAAACCCGCCGGCUCCCCCAAAGCCCUCAGGGAGCCCCACCAACCCCCCAGCACCACCCCGG